AUGGAUUCCAAAAAGCUUCCAACAAAACCUAAACACGAACGCCGUGAUGCUCUCAAGCUCUUCAAUUACGACGCUCAAUCAUCGUCUUUCUCUUCGUUCGAUUCAUCUAGUUCAGUCUACACUUGUUCCACCGACUUAUACGACCGCACUACUAGCUUCCGAAUUGAUGGAAUCGAAGACGAGUUCGAUAUAAUUUGUAGGAGUUUAGGACUUUCUGGACCUGAAGAUUUUGCAAUUCCUGCUGCUGCUUGGGAAGCUAUGAAGUUUCGAUCGGCUUCAGAUAUUCUUCCCAGUUUGAAGAUGAUAGAAACAUGGAUCAAGAGUUGGGCCUUGACAGUGGGCCUAAAGCCUAAAGUUUGGAGAGUGCAUACAAGGAAAAAGAAGAAGCAUGACGUGUCUAAUUGAGGGGAGGAAUGCAUGUGUGUGCAUGAGAAGCAUGAGUCAGUGCUAUAUAUGUGGCUAGAAGGAAUGAGAAAGAAUCAUUGAGGAAUUCUGUUAUUGAGUGGGAUCACUUUUAGUGAUUUGGGGCACUUAGUGCUUUGGGGCUAGUAGACUCUCUACUAGUUUGUUAUUUCCUUUAUUCUGUUAUCUUCUAUCUUGUAAUUGAAACUCCAUUAAUAGCAAUUGCAAGCUUUUCUUC